CACGCAGACACCCACCGCUGCUGUGUGUCAGGGCACCAUGGUGCCCAGGGUCCCAGCCUGCCCUCUGCUCCUCCUCCUCCUCCUCCUGCUGCUCGCGGUCAGAGCCAGAGCCAGAGCCACACAGGACAUCACACAGAAGCGAGCCACAGCCACCCUGCAGGGACAGCAGGCGUGGCCGGUGACUGUGCUGGAACACAAAGCUGAUGGGACGGUGGAUGGAAAGACAAUCUCUCUGGGUGGAGGUGACCAGAGCGGGGAGGAGCCCCGCAGUCAAGGAAGCCUGACCCUGUCCACGGUGAUGCUCUGCCCACCGGCCACUCACUGCAUCCCGUGUGUGAGAGUGCACGUCCACCUCGCCAGCGCAGUACCUGUGGAAAUUCAGAGAUUGCGGCUUCAUUUCCUCGAGUAUAGGACAAACCGGAACGCUGAGGUGCAGCUGCUGUUGGCGCAGGUGAUCAGUACGGCUGACUUUGAAUAUGAAUGUUUUGAAUCUGAGGCUGGUGCUUGGGUGGAGGUCACCGUGACAACCAUUUCCGCCUCCAGGCAGGGACACCUGGAGCUGAGAGAGCGGUACAUGCUGGAGGACACUGAGGCGGGGCCAGAGUUCAAUUAUUCUCUUGAUCUGGAGCGGAGGCAGAUCGUGGUGAGCGUGAGCCCUGAUAGGGAGGUGAAUGCUGUGCUGUGUUACAAGCUGGCUUUGGCAUGUCACGAUUUACCCAACCGUUCCCAUGUCCUGAUUGGAGCGCUGGCCUGGAGGGUGCCGCUGUCAUAUGACUACCUGAUACCCUGUCUCUGCAUUGAGGUGUUUUCCUCCACGUAUGACAGUGUUCGCACACAACUCUGUCCCUUCAAGAGAGACCCAGAGGCUUACGGCGCUGACCUGUGGCGGUCGAGCGCGUUCUCCUCGUUCCUCAGUGAACCUGACACCAUGAAGAUACGUUUCUCCAGCGAGUGCCGAAUAGUCCCCCGUGUCUCCCUGUGUUGGGUGUCUGACCACACGGCGGCCGCCUGUCAGCAGAUUGCAAAUUCAACCAUUGAAAGCCCGAACAAUGUGAGUAAGAGAGAGAGACAGAGCGAGCGCUGUACAGUCAAUAUUUAUACUGAGUGCAACAGCCGCUCACUGAGGGGACAUUGGACAGAGGGUCACUGAGGGGACAAUGGACAGAGGGUCACUGAGG